CACCGUGACAGUCAAAAAGCGAACAAGAUGCAAUGAAGAAGAGAAGAAGAUAUGCGACAAACUUGGAAAAGAAUGCGACUUUUCAACAGGAGUACCGCAGUGCACCGUCUGUCCGAUAGAUGCCUGCCGGAAAGCUUGUCAGGAAGCAGAACCCAACAGAACGGUGGUCGCUGUCACAUGCUCGGCGUCUGACAUGUGCUCCUGUUCGUACGAAGACGAGUGUCUAGCCUCAAAAUGUGAAGACUACUGCAAGGUGGCAGUCCCAACAGCGGACCCUAAAAAGGCAACCUGUAAAGAUAACGUGUGCUACUGUGCCAAGCCACAGGGACCGCAAGAACCCACAACAACGGCACCACCUUGUCCGAUAGAUGACUGCCGGAAAGCUUGUCAGGAGGCCGAACCCAAUAGAAAGGUGCUCGCAGUAUCAUGCUCGGCGGCCGACACGUGCUCCUGUUCGUACGAAGAUGAGUGUCUAGCCUCAAAAUGUGAAGACUACUGCAAGGUGGCAGUUCCGAAAGCAGACCCCAAAAAGGCAACCUGUAAAGAUAACGUGUGCUACUGUGCCAAGCCACGUGUUGGGUGCACACCAGAGGCCUGCCAGAAGGCCUGUCAAGAUGCAGAGCCGGAGAAGAAAGUGCUAAACACAUCGUGCCCCGAGUCCGACGUAUGUCACUGCACGUACGAAGACGACUGCAGAGAAGAUAUAUGCCGCGACUACUGUAAGCAAGCAGUCCCAAGCAAUCUCCUGAAAACUUCUAUGUGCAUAAACAACUACUGCUACUGCAAUAAAACAACAGAUGACACGAGGAGGUCGAAAACGGAUGACGUUUCUCAAAGUGGAUUUAACCUCUUCGACGCAUGGAAUUCGUUCGUACGUAGCCUGUGGUAAUCAUGUCAUUUUGUGUAGUUUUGACGGUUAUAGCCAUGAAAUAAAGCUUUUUUCCUAGA